GCCCGAGGGCAAGGCGGAAGCGGAAGUCGGGGGCGCGCCGGCUCGCAGCAAAGGAGGCCGUGGCGUCGGGUCGGGCCGGGUCGCCAUGGGGCGCGGCAGCGGCACCUUCGAGCGUCUCCUAGACAAAGCGACCAGCCAGCUUCUGCUGGAGACCGACUGGGAGUCCAUCCUCCAGAUCUGCGACCUGAUCCGUCAGGGGGACACGCAAGCAAAAUAUGCCGUGAGUUCUAUCAAGAAGAAAGUCAAUGACAAGAACCCCCAUGUGGCCUUAUAUGCUCUCGAGGUCAUGGAAUCCGUGGUGAAGAACUGUGGCCAGACGGUCCACGACGAGGUGGCGAACAAGCAGACCAUGGAGGAGCUGAAGGAGCUGCUGAAGAGGCAGGUGGAAGUAAACGUCCGAAACAAGAUCCUGUACCUGAUCCAGGCCUGGGCGCACGCUUUCCGGAAUGAGCCCAAGUACAAGGUCGUCCAGGACACGUACCAGAUCAUGAAGGUGGAAGGACACGUCUUCCCUGAGUUCAAGGAGAGUGACGCCAUGUUCGCUGCAGAGAGAGCUCCCGACUGGGUAGACGCGGAGGAGUGCCACCGGUGCAGGGUGCAGUUCGGGGUGGUGACCCGCAAGCACCACUGCCGGGCCUGCGGCCAGAUCUUCUGCGGCAAGUGCUCCUCUCGGUACUCCACCAUCCCCAAGUUCGGCAUCGAGAAGGAGGUGCGUGUGUGCGAGCCCUGCUACGAGCAGCUGAACAAGAAAGCCGAAGGCAAGGCCCCCUCCACGAUGGAGCUGCCCCCGGAGUACCUGACCAGCCCCCUGUCGCAGCAGUCCCAGCUGCCCCCCAAGAGGGACGAGACGGCUCUGCAGGAAGAAGAGGAGCUGCAGCUGGCCCUGGCCCUGUCACAGUCGGAGGCCGAGGAGAAGGAGAGGAUGAGACAGAAGUCCACAUAUACCGCGUACCCCAAGGCGGAACCCACACCCGUGGCCUCCUCAGCGCCCCCUGCCAGCAGCCUGUACUCUUCGCCCGUGAACUCGUCAGCGCCACUGGCUGAGGACAUGGACCCCGAGCUUGCCCGGUACCUGAACCGGAACUACUGGGAAAAGAAGCAGGAGGAGGCUCGGAAGAGCCCCACGCCGUCGGCGCCAGUGCCCCUGGCGGAGCCGGCCGCCCAGCCUGCGGAGGCGCACGCAGCGCCUGUGAACGCGGCGGAGACUCCCCUCCCGGACACAGACUCUCAGCCCGUAACUGCUUCCAGCGGCCACUUCAGUGAGCAGUGCCAGAACGGGGAAUCAGAGGAGAGCCAUGCGCAGUUCCUGAAGGCGCUGCAGAACGCCGUCAGCACCUUCGUCAACCGCAUGAAAAGCAACCACGUGCGCGGCCGCAGCAUCACCAACGACUCGGCUGUGCUGUCCCUCUUCCAGUCCAUCAACAGCAUGCACCCCCAGCUGCUGGAGCUGCUCAACCAGCUGGACGAGCGUAGACUGUACUACGAGGGGCUGCAGGACAAGCUGGCGCAGAUCCGCGACGCCCGGGGGGCGCUGAGUGCCCUGCGGGAGGAGCACCGGGAGAAGCUGCGCCGGGCAGCUGAGGAGGCCGAGCGCCAGCGCCAGAUCCAGCUGGCCCAGAAGCUGGAGAUCAUGCGGCAGAAGAAGCAGGAGUACCUGGAGGUGCAGAGGCAGCUGGCCAUCCAGCGCCUGCAGGAGCAGGAGAAGGAGCGGCAGAUGCGCCUGGAGCAGCAGAAGCAGACCAUCCAGAUGCGCGCCCACAUGCCUGCCUUCGCCCUGCCCUACGCCCAGCUCCAGGCCAUGCCCGCGGCGGGGGGCGUGCUAUACCAGCCAUCUGGCCCCACAAGCUUCCCAGCGACUUUCAGCCCCGCAGGCUCAGUGGAGGGCUCCCCUAUGCACACCGUGUACAUGAGCCAGCCAGCCCCGGCCGGCGGCGGCCCCUACCCCAGCAUGCCCGGGGCCGCAGCAGAUCCCAGCAUGGUGAAUGCCUACAUGUACCCGGCAGGGGCCACCGGCGGGCAGGCGGCCCCUCAGGGCCCAGCGGGGCCCUCCGCCAGCCCAGCCUACUCAUCCUACCAGCCCACUCCUACGCAGGGCUAUCAGAACGUGGCCUCGCAGGCCCCGCAGAGCCUCCCGGCCAUCUCCCAGCCUCCGCAGUCCGGCACCAUGGGUUACAUGGGGAGCCAGGCGGUGUCCAUGGGCUAUCAGCCCUACGGUGUGCAGAAUCUCAUGACCACCCUCCCCAGCCAGGACGCGCCUCUGCCUCCCCCACAGCAGCCCUACAUCUCGGGGCAGCAGCCCCUGUACCAGCAGAUGGCACCCUCGGCUGGCCCUCCCCAGCAGCCUCCUGUGGCCCCCCAGCCACCAGCACCGGGGCCGCCCGCACAGGGCAGCGAAGCCCAGCUCAUCUCGUUCGACUGACCCAGGCCAACUCACUGCCCAGAGGAACACUACAGUUCUUGGAACCGCCGCCUCCGUCUCUAACUAGCAUCGUCCUCCUGCCUCGUGCUCUCCUCUUACUGCCCUGUAGUGUCCCUGCUCCGAGCGCGUGGGGAUGGCCCCUCUCCCUGGCCCUCCUCCUGUCCUCGCCUGCUGGCUCCUUGUCCCCCAGGCCCCAUCCUCGUCCCUGUCUCCUUGAGUUGGUCUCUGACUUCUUCCCCCAGAGCUGGGCCUCAGGGUGGAGGGUGGGAGGGAAGAAUCUUCUCUUGACAGGAAGCCCCCAGCCUGGUAUGUCAGGUCCUAUGAGGGCCGACUGGAGUGGGGUUCCGCUGCCCUCCCAUCCCCCUGUCCCAUGAGACCGUGGGGACCUGUGGUCUGUGACUAGUGUGUCUCCCCAGAGCCCUCUAGUGUGGCCCCUGGGCUGUCAGCAGGGGCGCUCCUGGCCCUCACAGGAAGGGUGGGGGCUCGUCUCCAGCUUCUCUGCUUCUGAGCUGUCAUCUCAUCCAGUGCCCCAAGUAGGCGGAAUGGAACAGUGAUAAUAAAAUCUCUUUCAACAUGUA